AUGGGGAAAGGAUAUUACACGCUUAAAUUCAGAACUUUGGAUGAUAAGAAGGCUGCGAAAGCAAACCUGGUUCAAGAGUUGAAGGAUGGGCAGUUACGCCUUCGCGAGUGGGUUCCAAAAUUCAACCCUUAUAAGGAGGUUUCUGCCCUAGAACAAGUUUGGGUACGUAUUUACUACUUACCCAUUGAAUUAUGGCAUCCGGAAGUUAUUGCGGCAAUUGGACGUUACCUGGGAAAUCCGAUAAAAGUGGAUGGUUGCUCGGGGGCGGGUGAAGUAGGACACUACGCGCGCGUGUUGGUGGAGCUUGACAUGUCUCUCCCUCUCAGGGAGGGACUUAGGAUGGAUGAAGGGGAUAGUGCUUUUCAUGUAGAAUUUUACUAUGAAAAUCUUUCCCUCUUUUGCUCGCGUUGUAAGAUCACAGGACACUCCACGGAUAAAUGUCGAAAAGCAAAGAACUGGAACCAGGAUAGGGGGAAUGCGAGAGUGGAGGGUAACAGAAACGGACAGCUGCAUGAAGCUACUGCUGGCAACAGAUUUGAGGUUCUGGAGAAUGUCAAUGAAGCUGUGAAUGAGGAGUGCUCUGGGCCGGACCUCCUGGAAAAAGAUCAAGUUCAAGAUUCGACGGUGGAGGGAAAUCAUACUGUUUUGGCACCGGAGAAGGAACAGACGGCUGACGGGAACGCCCUCAUUGAAGUUACCACUUCGAAGGACGAUCAGGAAGUUAAUCCUAAGAAUGACAGAGGCGAGAGGACUCAGGCAGCUGAGUCUAGUUUUAAUGAUAAGGCGGGAGAUACUUCGGAUCUGAAAGCAUUAACUUUGGAAAAUGCUUUGAAAAUUCAACAGCUAGAGUCGCUCAUUGUCGGCCUCUCGGCGGAGGAAGCUCAAACUGUUAAACGUGGGCGUAGGAGACCGCCCAAAGAAGCAGGACGCGGAGAGCAGGCGAUUAUUGCAGAUUGUUCCUGGCAGAAUACUUCGUUUCGGGUGGUUAUCAUUCACGGAGCCAACGAUCCGAUUCUCAGAAGAGAUCUUUGGAGAGAUCUUUUGCAGUUCACUGAUGGUAAUACAGUGUUUAUAGGAGACUUCAAUGCCAUCAAGGGCGCUCAUGAGCGUCUGAGCUCCGUUAUACCUGCUAGGGGACCUUGUUUGGAGUUUUAUGAUUUUAUUAACUCUACGGGUUUCAUCGAGCCGGCCACCUCUGGGUUGUUUUACACAUGGUCUGGGCGACGGUUUCUUCCAGAACAUGUUGAGUCUUUGCUUGAUAGAGCUCUGGUCUCGAAUUCUUUUGUCGAUCUUUGGAGUGGCGUCAGCACGCAGGUGCUGCCCAGGGUAACUUCUGAUCAUUCCCCCGUGGUUCUGCUUUGCCGGCCGAGAGCAGCUCAGGGAAAGAGGUCAUUCCGUUUUCUCAAUAUGUGGAUCGAACACCCGGAUUUCUUGACGGUGGUGCGAGAUUCAUGGGAAGAGGCGGUGAACACGCCGUGCCCGAUUCUCACGCAGGAGCUUGCUGUUAUUCAGGGCCAUAUUUCCGCGCAUGGCUAUAAUGAGGAUAAUUUUAAUGAGGAGGUCACGAAGCAGGCGGCCAUUACAACCAUUCUUAAUCGCAAAAAUACUCAUUUACAGCAAAUGAGCAGAAUUUCUUGGUUGAAGGAUGGAGACCGAAAUAUGAAGUUCUUUCACAGAAUGCUCCGUUUCAGAAAUUCCAGUUCGCCUAUUGGGCAUCUUCAUAUUGGAGGGGUUAUUUCUUAUGAUCAGAAAGCCAUCGAGCAACACAUUAUUGAGCAUUUUACUAAUCUCUUCUCUCAGGAUACGAGGCAAAAUGUGGAGAUUGUGGAGUUGGAGGCUAUUAUUGAUAUGCAGGUUACUACUGAGCAGAAUCAGGAUCUCACGACGAUUCCUUCUGAGCUGGAAAUUGCAGCGACGGUCAUGGGAAUGGAAGCUAAUAGCGCGCCCGGUCCGGAUGGUUUCUCGGGUAUUUUUUUCCGACAUUGCUGGAACAUUGUUAAGCUUGAUAUCAUUAGAGCAGUUCGGGGGUUUUUCCUGAACUCUUAUCUUCCCCGUGGAUGCAAUGCCAACACCCUGGUUUUAAUCCCUAAAACCGACAUGAUCUCCUCGGUCUCUAAUCUCAGGCCGAUUAUUUUAUCGAAUUUCUUCUUCAAGAUUAUCUCCAAAAUCUUGGCGGUCAGAUUAAAUAAAGUUGCUGCGGUCACGGUCUCUCAAAAUCAGUUCGGGUUCAUUAGCAGGCGCUCCAUUCAUGACUGCAUAAUGCUUGGUUCCGAGGGGUUCAAUUGUAUGGACCGCACCAACCAUGGCUCUAAUAUGGCCUGCAAAAUCGACAUCAAGAAAGCCUUUGACACGAUGUGCUGGGAUUUCAUCUUCAAGGUCCUUAAAGUUAUGGGUUUUCAGGAGAAGUUCAUCUUUUGGAUUUCCCUAAUUUUUCAUUCCGCCAGGAUCUCCAUUCUCUACAACGGUAGGCUCAGCGGCUAUUUCCCCUGCACCCGUGGGGUCAGGCAAGGGGACCCGCUUUCUCCCAUUAUCUUUGGCAUAGCUGAGGAUGUGCUCAGUCAUUUAAUCAUUAACUGCGUUACCUCGAGACAUCUCAUUACUAUGAGUUUCAGUCGGAGCAUGAAUUUUCCUACUCAUUUGCUUUAUGCUGAUGAUGUGUUGCUUUUCUGUAAAGCUUCACGCCGCAAUGCGAAGAAGAUUAAACAUAUUCUAGAGUACUAUGAAUCGAUUUCCGGCCAGGUUUGCAGUUUGGAAAAAUCGCGGAUUUACUACGCGAAGGGCGUUACCACUCCUAUGAAAAGAGGCAUUAGUCAAGCUUUGGGUUUCACGCAGGGUGGAGAUAGGGUGAAUUACUUAGGUUCUCCUCUUUUUGUUGGAAAACCGAAGGCGUCCCAUUUGAUUGGCAUCAAGGAUCGCAUUGUGCAGAAGUUCUCGAGAUGGGCGGGUCUUAAUCUUUCUAUGGUUGGUCGACUCUGUCUUGUAAAUUCGGUUAUUCAAAGUUCCAUCAUUCACACUAUGAUGGUCUUCCGUUGGCCAAAGUCCCUUCUUUAUGAUUUGGAUCGCAGCUGCAGAAACUUUAUCUGGACGGGGAAAACGAAUUUAAAGCCGUCGUGCACUGUUAAAUGGAGUAGAUGUUGCGCUAUUAAAGAAGAGGGAGGCCUUGGAAUUCGCUCUUUUACUAUAAUGAAUAAAAGUUAUCUUAUGCGGAUGGCGUGGAAGCUCAUUAAAGGGGAGGAGUUCCCACAUCGGUUGACGAGGUCGAGAUAUCUGGAUAAGUUUGGUCACGCCAAAAAACAUGUGGCUAAUUCUUCGGUCUGGGUUGGCUUGAAACAUGAGGUGGACGGUCUGGUGAAUCUUUCUUUUGCGGAGAUUGGAGACGGCGUCAAUACUUUAUUUUGGACGGAUGAUUGGUUGGGCUAUAGGCUGUGCGAUCGGCUAUCGGUUCCUUCAUACCUCCAUGGGCUUCUCACGCAUUCGGUGGCAGAUUACUACUUCGAUGAUUGUUGGCAUUUUUCUGAAAAUUUUGUGCUGAACUUCCCUGAGAUUGUUUGUGAUAUUCUUAUUCUCCCGAUGAACUCUGGACCGGAUACUCGGUUUUGGAAACCUUCCCUUAGUGGCAAUGUUACUUCUGCUCUUACCUUUGCUAAUAGCUGCCAUAAAUUUCCUAAAGUGUCUUGGGGCAAAUGGAUUUGGGAUGCGGCGAUUCCUGUGAGAAGAUCGUUAGUUUGUUGGCGGAUUAUUCACGGUCGUAUCCCGACCAUGGAUUGCUUGAUUCGACAAGGCCUGGUGGCGCCUAAUGCUUGUCCGAUUUGUUGGAACGACGCGAAGACGAUUUCACACAUUUUUUGGGAGUGUAGGGAGGUUCGACAGAUCUGGGAGGUUUUUUUGGGUUGGUUUGGGCAGUCCGUGCUGUUGAAUUGUUUAGAUAUCACAAGUUUCCUUGCCUUGGCUUGGAAUGUCUCUUUCAGUUCACUGCUUCAUCGUCUUUGGAAGGUGGGCAUUAUAAGUCUUCUUUGGAUUAUUUGGCAAAGUCGUAACAAUGCUAUCUUCGAUGACAAGGCUUUCUCAAGGAUUGGGGUUUUAGCGACGCUCAAAACUUUCUUCAAAGAGACAAAUGGGGUUUCGAAUCUUGGCUGCAUGUCCAAUGAUUGGACGGAUUAUCUCAUUAUUCGAGCGGUGGGGGUCAAAUCCAGAUGUGCUCCACCCCCGGAUUACAUCUCGGUGCAUUGGUGGCCUCCGGAUAUUAAUUGGAUGAAGGUUAACACCGAUGGGUCGGCGACGGGGGCACCGGGAUUAAUCGCUGCUGGAGGUGUUUUUCGCGAUCAUACGGCUAUAGUUUGCGGGUGUUUUCACAUUAAGGGAGGCUCUGGUUUUGCUCUGGAAGCCGAGCUGUUGGCGGUGGUCACGGCAAUCGCCAUCGCUCGCUGUCGCGGUUGGAAUCGCCUUUGGCUGGAGGCUGACUCCACCUAUGUGGUGGAUCUGCUCACGCGUCGCUCUUUGGACGUGCCUUGGAGAUUUAUGGCGUGCUGGAAAGAGACGCUUAAGCGUCUCACGGAGAUGGAGUUACGGACUUCCCAUAUUUACCGGGAGGGGAACGCGGCUGCUGAUCUUAUGGCGCAUCCGUCCCGGACGGAAGGUUGGUGGCCUGGGGUUAUUGGUGACAUACAAGAGGCUGUGGCGAUGGACAUGGCUACGCACAGUCACUGGCGCCGUGUCUAG